AUGAUCGAUAAACGCCACUGCUCCCUGUUGUAUGUGCCCGAUGAGAUUUACCGCUACGGACGGAGUUUGGAGGAGCUGCUGCUGGAUGCCAACCAACUCCGAGACUUGCCCAAGAGCAUCGUGUAUAAUGUUUUCCCAGGAUGUAUAGACACUGCAGUUCAUGUUUUCAUGGUAUUUUCAGAAACGUAUAAUCAUCUCUCUCUUUGCCAUUUCAGCCUUUCCAAUUUGGUAUCACUAGAACUCAGAGAAAAUCUGCUGACAUUCCUACCAGAGUCACUAUCUAUGCUUCACAGACUUGAAGAGCUUGACCUAGGAAAUAAUGAACUGUACAGUUUGCCAGAGUCAAUAGGCUGUCUUGUCAGCUUAAAGGACUUGUGGCUGGACGGAAACCAGUUGGUCGAAAUCCCCUCGGAGAUGGGCAGUAUGAAAAGCCUGUUGUGUCUGGAUGUGUCAGAAAACAAAUUGGAGCGACUUCCGGAGGAGUUAGGAGGCCUGGUGUCGCUCACUGACCUGAUGGUGUCUCAGAACCUCAUUGAUGCGCUCCCAGAAAGCAUUGGAAAACUAAGGAAACUUUCUAUAUUGAAAGCCGAUCAGAACAGGCUAACUUAUCUUCCAGAGAACAUUGGCAGCUGUGAAAGCCUGACUGAACUUGUGCUCACAGAGAACCAGCUACAGAGUUUGCCGAGGAGCGUUGGGAAAUUAAAGCGACUUUCCAACUUCAACUGUGACAGAAACCAGCUAACGUCAUUACCUAAGGAGAUCGGCGGCUGCAACGGUCUAAAUGUCUUCUGCGUACGGGAGAACAGAUUGACAAGGAUACCGUCAGAGCUGUCACAAGCCACAGAACUGCACGUGCUUGACGUCUCUGGAAAUAGGCUCACCCACUUACCGCUGUCACUGACCACGCUACGACUCAAGGCCCUAUGGUUGUCAGAGAACCAGUCGCAGCCUCUCCUCACCUUUCAGACCGACGAGGAUCCUGACACAGGCGAGAAGGUGCUCACCUGUGUGCUGCUGCCUCAACAGCCAUGUGAACCGGACAAUAAAGGCUCUGAUAAUCUCGCACGCUGUGGAGCCCUGGAGAGCCUGGUGAAUGAGAUGGCAGAUGACACGUGGGACAACAAAGCCGUGAACAGGAUCAGUGCCAUUCACUUUCUGGAUGAUGAUGAGGAGGACGAUGAUGAUAAGGGAACACUACUUCGACGGGCCACGCCUCACCCCGGCGAGCUGAAGACGAUGAAGAAAGCAGCCGAGAACCUCCGCAAUGACCUGAACGCUGCCAAAGGCCUGGACUCCAACAAAAACGAGGUCAAUAACGCUGCAGACAGAGUGACCACGUCUGUGUGACCUUUACCUCAGAAAUGUUUUUUACCUCCUGUGUCUCGCAGUGUUGUCCUGCACAACCCCGCAGCUCCCCCCCUCUUUUUUUUCUUCUACCUACAAACCCCAGUGUGGCCUACCCCUCCUGUGACUAAACCCUGGGACGCCUGUAACCUUACUCCAUCUCCAGUCCUCUGUAAAACAUGUUUGACUCAGUCGACCAGGGCCGCUGUGCCUUCCUCUUUUUAAUUAAUGUCCACAGCAAUAAUCUGCACAGAGACGCUCCUUUUUAAAAAGAUAUUUUAAAGAGUUAUUACCUUUUUUAAAUGCCUCUUUUUAAAAACAUACAUUAGGUAGUUGCACUAUUUUAAGUCUUUAUAAUAUGGUCAAACCUUCUUAAGUGUAUUAUAUAUAUUUGUUCUAUAUCUAUUUUUAAAACACUGGGUGAAUACUUUUUACAUUUUGGGCAAACAUAAGAGCAGGAGUUUUUGGACCUACUGAUUAAGGAUUAUUGUAUAGUCUCUUGUGAAUAUUGAUACUUUUAUACUUUUUGGCAGCUCAGAUGUAAAUAAAAUGUAUAGCAAAUUUCUUAAUCAGUUGCAGAUUUUUAAACCUUUUUUUUUUUCUCUUUUUCAAACUUGGUACUUUUUUCUUUUAUAAAAAAAAUCAAAGAAAUAAAUAAAACGCAGUCACUGAUGUCUUAUUCAAUCCAUAUAAUUGUCAUUGGGUGAGUGGAUGGCCUUGAAUCUUCUUUUUGUUCAUCUGUAAAACAUCUAGAUUUAUUUUUGGAUGAUAAAUAGAUUAAUCAAGUUUGGAUUUAAGUACCGCACAUCAAACUCUAAUUACUCAUCUGCAGCUUAAUUAUGCAGAAGUAACAAUGCUGUCUUAUUUAUAUGUGCUGUGCUUCACUGCUUUGCAAUGUUCUUCAAAUAGAUGCCAAAAACAGUUGUAUAUUUUUAAAGCAAGUUUUCUUUUCCCUUUAACAAAGAGUACUGUAUAGAUUAAUCAUCUGAGGUUUGGUGAGAGUGAGGUUCGUACCGUGAGGAUGGCUUCCAGUUGUUAGAAGUUCCACUUUAAUGCACUUCUCAGCGUUUCUCAAACUCUUUGACAUGGUACAUGAUAAGUUGUUUUAAUUUGUUUUUAAAAUUGAUUGCAAAAAGUGGACCAGAGAAAAUUGGUUCAAGUGUUGGUUUUUAUUGUUUUUAAUUAUUUUCUGAUCAAACUGCACAACACGGAUCUCACGCGGGCACUGUGCCCGGAGAUUUGGAUGACUUUAACCACUGAUCAAUAAAAAGAGUGCAAC